AUGGCGGCAAGGAAACUGGCCCAAGAGGUCGACAAGUGCUUCAAAAAGGUCGCCGAAGGCGUGACCGAGUUUGAAGCCAUCUACGAAAAGAUCGAACAAUCGAGUAACCCCGCCCAAAAGGACAAACUAGAAGAUAACCUCAAGCGCGAGAUCAAGAAGCUCCAGCGACUGAGGGAUCAGAUCAAAACAUGGGCCGCUAGUAACGACAUCAAGGACAAAGCUCCGCUGCUGGAGCACCGGAAGCUGAUCGAGACGCAAAUGGAAAAGUUCAAGGCAGUAGAAAAGGCCAUGAAGACGAAAGCAUAUUCGAAAGAGGGUCUUUCAGCCGCCGCCAAGCUCGAUCCCAAAGAGCAGGCAAAGGUCGAGGCCAGCGAGUUCCUAAGCGGUAUGGUCGACGAGCUGGAACAGCAAAUUGAGACCCUCGAAGCCGAGGGCGAAUCGAUACAAGCGACCAUGAAGAAGGGCAAGAACAACACCGCAAAGGCCGAGCGCAUCGCCGAAGUCGAACGGGUCAUCGAACGACAUAAGUGGCAUCAAGGCAAGCUGGAGCUCAUUAGGAGAUCCUUGGAGAACGGUGGAGUUGAGCCCGAGCAAGUGACCGACCUAGAAGAGAGCAUUCGAUACUAUGUGUCGGACGGCAUGAACGAGGACUUUAUGGAGGAUGAGGAGAUGUACGAGGAACUGGAUCUUGAGGACGAGGAAGGCACCUACGGCAUGGGCGCCGACAACGAGAAGAACUCUUCUCUGGAUGCGCAAUCUGUGCAGGAGGAUCUGACAACCGACACUGACCUGCCAAAGACGCUGACGAGGAAGGCGCAGAAGGAAGUUGAUCCAGUACGGAGGACGUCUUCUCAAACAAAGUCACCCUUACCCGCUCUCGCAACGCUUCAUGCUCCUCUACCAACCAUCAGCAAUGGCAACUCUGGAACACCAGCUAUGAAGCCAGCCUCAGUGCCUUCGAGGCCUGCUGGAGAGGGUCUCAAGUAUGCCUCUGCAGCCGCGGCAGCAGCCGCAAGUGACAAGAACAACGUGGGUAUUUCCCCGUUACCUCCGCCACCUGGCGCCGCAUCUUCAAGCGUAUCUCCAUUGCCGCAAUCUCGAAGCAGCGCUACCAACUCUCCUGCUACAUCCUCUGCCCAGCCCGCUUCUCAACAACCAGAGUCCAAGCAGCCCACGCCUGCACCAGCACCUGCUGAGCCCGAACCUGUGCCUACGCCAGCACCCGUGCCAGCACUUACAAAACAGUCUAAACGAUCAAAGGCUGCUGGAAAGCAGGUUCUGGUGCCAGAGUCCCCAGCGCCAUCAAAGCCCGCAAGAACGAAUGGCACAUCCAAUGGUGUCAAGCCUACUGAGGAAGAGGAAGAGUCCAUCUACCACUUACCAGCAUCAUUGCAAGAUCUUGUCGAUACCUACGAGACUUCAAGAAAACGGCCAUACCCCCCUUCCGCGCCAUCAGCAUUGCGCAUGAUGACCGCCAGUCAGGCCAGCUGCCCCGAUGUUGUGGAUGCCGAUGUGCCACGAACAUACCGACCCGAAGUGCCGGUACCCCCAACAGGAUCCAACUUUCCCCGCGAGCCGCUCCCCCUUUUCGACGACCCGCGGUUGUACUCACGCAUCGAUCCCGACACUUUGUUCUACGUGUUUUACUAUAAGCAAGGAUCAGCACAGCAAUAUAUGGCAGCUAAGGCUCUCAAAGACCAAAGCUGGCGAUUCCAUAAGCAGUACCAAACAUGGUUUCAAAGACAUGAGGAGCCCAAGAACAUUACCGAAGAUUUCGAGCAGGGAACGUAUCGGUUUUUCGACUAUGAGAGCACUUGGAUGAAUCGACGAAAAGCCGACUUCAAGUUUGCCUACAAGUUUCUGGAGGAUGAGGUCUGA